AUGAUGAACAUUGACGAAGUCAAGGCAUCUGUCGAUGCAGCAUUGGCCACUGCCAAUGCUUCCCUCCGCGAGCUCAACAGACAGAUCUGGUCAAACCCUGAAACUGCGUAUCAAGAACACGGGGCUCACAAAGCCAUCUGCGAUUUUCUUGAAGCACUGGGGUUCACUGUCACUCGGCAUGCAUACGGACUGGACACUUCGUUUGAAGCUACCAGUGGAUCUGGGGGCCGUCUAAUCAACUUCAAUGCCGAAUAUGACGCUCUACCAGACAUUGGUCAUGCCUGUGGCCAUAACUUGAUCACCACAAGUAGUGUUGCGGCGUUCCUAGCUUUGUCGGCCGUGCUGAAGCAGUACAACAUCCCCGGCCGCACGCAGCUCUUGGGGACGCCAGCCGAAGAGAAUGGCGGUGGUAAGGCCAAACUUAUCGAUGCUGGAGCGUACAAGGGCGUCGAUAUCUCUCUCAUGGCGUAUGUCUACCGUCCCCUCUCUGCAUACAAAACUAAUCAUUUCAGUCAUGCGGGCCCCAAGAAGCUCUUCCCAGGCGUCGUUUGCGACGGUGUGGGUGGCGUGUUGAUGAAUGCGCGGAAGGAAAUUCACUGCGAAUUCUUCGGCAAGAGUGCUCAUGCUGGAGGGAAUCCUUGGGCGGGCAUCAACGCCUUGGACGCCCUAGUCACAUCCUACAACAAUGUUGCUGUGCUGCGUCAACAGAUGCAACCUGAUGAGCGUGCCCACUGCGCGUUCCUGGAUGUACCGAAGGUGGCCAACGUGAUUGCAUCCUACACCAAAGCCUACUGGCAAGUCCGUAGCCCGACCAUGAAGGGCUUGAACACGUUGAUGGCCAAGGUGCGCAAUUGUAUUGAAGCCGGCGCAUUGGCUACGGGGUGUGAGGUGAAGAUUGUCGAGUACGUCUACUCCGACCGGAAUGAGUUGUACACGGAUAUCAAGAUCAACGACACAUUGUGUGAACGCUACAGCGCACAUAUGGGCAAAUACGACCGAAACGUCCUCAAGCGCCAUGAGAAGGUUCUGACGGGCUCUUCUGACAUCGGUAACGUCUCUUAUAUCCUUCCCACCCUCCACACUAUGUUUGGAAUCCCUGCAGAUGACGGUUCCUUCCCUCAUCAUCCUUCGUUCGCCUCGGCGGCUGGCACGGAUGAUGCUCACGAAGAAGCCGUCAUUGUCGGCAAGUCGUUGGCUCUCAUCGGCUGGGAGAUGAUCACCGACGAUCAACUGUUUGAGCAGGCGAAGAAGCAGUGGCAGGAAGCUAUCCAAGAAUAG